UUCCUUCACUACUCCUCUGCAAAAGUUUGAAUCUUUAAUCCCUCUAACCAUCUUUCAUCGUGACCCCACUUGGCGUGUUUGAUUUUUUCGUUGGAUCAUUGUGCUGGUGUGUGUUUGUUGGGUAUCCGAUCAUUGGAAGCAAAGCAUGGCGUAUAAAGUAGACCAUGAAUACGACUAUCUCUUCAAGGUCGUAUUGAUUGGAGACUCGGGUGUUGGAAAAUCUAAUAUUCUUUCAAGGUUUACACGAAAUGAGUUCUGUUUAGAGUCGAAAUCUACCAUUGGGGUUGAAUUCGCAACCAGAACAUUGCAGGUGGAGGGGAAGACUGUAAAGGCACAAAUAUGGGAUACUGCUGGGCAAGAGAGGUACCGAGCUAUCACUAGUGCUUACUACAGAGGAGCCGUUGGUGCCUUAUUGGUCUAUGACAUAACCAAGAGGCAAACAUUUGAUAAUGUGCAGAGGUGGCUUCGUGAACUAAGGGAUCACGCAGAUUCUAACAUUGUUAUUAUGAUGGCUGGAAACAAAUCUGACCUGAAUCAUCUGAGAGCAGUCUCUACUGAAGAUGCUCAAAGUUUAGCUGAGAAGGAAGGUCUUUCAUUUCUAGAGACUUCAGCUUUGGAGGCAUAUAAUGUUGAGAAGGCAUUCCAAACCAUUUUGUUUGAUAUAUAUCACAUUAUAAGUAAAAAGGCUCUUGCAGCACAGGAGGCUACUUCCUCUACUGGCCUUCCUCAAGGAACUACCAUUAAUGUCUCAAAUAUGUCAGGUAAUACGGGCAAUAGAACUUGUUGCUCAAACUAACAGGGUAACUGUGUAGAAAAAAGAAGAGGAAAAAACAAGAAGCUUUUUCAGGAAAUGUUUUUUUUAUUUUAAAACACAAUG